CCUCCCCACCCUUCUCCACCCUAAAUUUCUUAUCUUUUUUAAUUCAAUUCAAAAUUCGCUUUAGAGAAAAGUACAUUUAGGGCAACACCGAAGAAUGCUCGCCAAAACACACCCGGGCCUGCACGCUCUCCGGCAUCUCCGGCCAGCUUCAUGGUCCAGCACCAGCAACAUUAUCCGAUCGAGCCACCAGCAAACGCGAACGCUUCUCCAAGCGUCCUUCGACUACAAGCACAUCCGAGACAAUGCGCAGAGGCUUCUCGAAAACGCACACAGCCGGAACGUCCGCGACGCACAGCCUCACCGCGUGGGCGAGCUCUACAAUGAGUUCCGCCAGCUGACAUCGCAGGUCAACGAGUACCGAAGCUCGCUCAACAAUAUUUCAAAAGAGCUUGGAGCAUUGGCACGCGGUGGCAAAAAGCACAGCCAGCAGAAGCAGCACCAGCACCAGCACCAGCACCAGCAGCAGGAAAAGACACAGGGAAAUGUUGACGCGAGUGGGUUGGAUGAGAGUGGGCGCGCGGCAGUUAUGGCCGAUCUUCACGGGCGCGCGAGUAUCGUCAAGGCGUCGAUCCAGGGCCUGGAGCUGCAGCUGGGUUCGAUUGAAGCCCGGCUGCGCUACGAAGCGGCAAAAAUACCCAACCUAUCGCACCCAGACACUCCGCUAGGCGACGAGUCGCACGCGCGCACCGUGCACAUCAACGGAAACCUCCACAACACGCCCACGGUUCCUCUUGACGAAACCAACUCGGCUCUUUCCGAUGUUGAGUUCAAGGAUCACUACGAUUUGGCAUUGAGUCUGGGCAUUGUGGAUAUGGAGGCUGGGGCGAGGGUUGCCGGCAGUCGGUUUCAUUACUGGCGCGGGGCAGGGGCGUUGUUGGAGCUGGCGCUGGUGCAGUACGCUAUGACGCGCGCGGUGGCUGCUGGCUUUGUUCCGCAUAUUACCCCGGAUGUUGCGCGCAGCAGCGUGGUUGAUGCCUGCGGGUUCAGGCCGCGAUCAGGCGCCGAAGAUGCGCUGCUUGAUUCGCAGAUUAACGGCGAUUCCGCUGCUGCCGUGCAUGGGUCGGGGGAGGCCAGCCAGAUAUACCGCGUCAUGUCUGUGGCUGAGGAGUCCCACAAGGAGGCAGCUGCCGAUCCGCUCUGCCUCGUGGCCACAGCCGAAAUCCCCCUCGUGGCCAUGCGCCAGCAGCAGAUCCUCGACCGCCAGUCCCUGCCCAUCUCUAUGGCCGGGCUCAGCCACUGCUUCCGCGCCGAAGCCGGAGCUCGCGGCCGCGACACCCGCGGAAUCUACCGCCUGCACCAGUUCACCAAAGUAGAGCUCGUCACACUUGCGCUGCCCGAGAACAGCCAGGCAGAACUCACGCGACUGGUUGAUUUCCAAAAAUCUCUCUACGCUGACCUCGGACUGACCUUCCGCCUACUGCAGAUGCCCACGUAUGAGCUGGGCGCCAGCGCAUACCAGAAAUUCGACAUUGAGGCAUGGAUGCCCGGCCGCCGCGCGUGGGGCGAGAUUUCUAGUGCGUCGAAUUGCACGGAUUAUCAGGCGAGGAGGCUGGGCAUUCGGGUGCGUGCCGAGUCUGCGAAGGAUGGCAGUGGGUCGCCGGUGUUUGUGCAUACGCUGAAUGCCACGGCUGUUGCUGUGCCGAGAAUCGUGGUUGCGAUGUUGGAGUCCUUCCAGCGUCCAGAUGGAAGCGUUGCUGUUCCGCACGUGUUGCGGCCUUGGAUGAUGGGCAUGGAUAUGCUUGUGCCUGAGCGCUGCUGAUACUCAUGAUUUGUUAAUUAGCCAAUAUAUUAAUGGAGAGUUUUCUUUAGAGAAUUGUGCUGCAUCGCAUUGCGCUGCAUAUUGAAGCAAACUGUUGAGUAAUCCAUACUCUGAUUAAGACCUUUUUUGGAGCCACGUGUUUGCU